UGGGUGUCUAAAUAAAUAAAUAUAUAUAUAUCUUUUUAUUGCUAAAAAGGCACAUUACAAUUUUUGAUUAUUUAUAAUCUCCUAUUGAUUUUACAAGUCAUCCUUCUCUUUUUCUUCUUCUUUAUCUUUAUCAUGGCAUGUGGACAUGAGUAUGCAGAUGAGCAUACGCCUCUUGUUAGACCUAAUGGCGUCCUCAGUACUUCUUCUUGUUCUAAUCUUGCAGAGAGAUCUCAAGUAACCAACAAGUCAACCAAGAGAAAACUAACCAUAGCAACCACGAUUGCACUGAUGUUCUUUGCUACUGAACUUGUUGCUGGUUAUUUCGCAAAUUCAUUAGCUUUGAUGUCGGAUGCUUUUCAUUUGCUCUCGGAUGUUGCGAGUUUUAUUGUAGCACUUGCUGCCAUCUAUUUGGCAGAAAAGCCUCCUACCAAAAAGCAUACCUAUGGAUUUCAUCGAGCUGAAGUUAUUUCUGCCCUUGUUUCUGUAUUGACUAUUUGGGUCUUGACAGGUUUCUUAGUAUUAGAGGCUAUUGAGAGAAUUCGAGCACCUCAAGUGAUUGAUGCUAGAUUGAUGUGCAUCACAGCCACCAUUGGUGUUUUAGUCAAUAUUGUCCUUGCUUUUGUAUUAGGAGGACAUCAUCAUCAUCAUCAUCAUCACGAUCAUCAUGAAGAAUCGCAUACACAUCAUCACAAAGAUGUUAAUAUUAACCUAAGAGCAGCAGCACUUCAUGUCAUUGGUGAUUUGCUAGCAUCAAUUGGCGUAUUGAUUUCCUCCAUCAUUUUGAUUUUCAAGCCCGAAUACACCAUUGUGGAUCCAAUCUGUACAUUUGUAUUUUCCAUCAUUGUACUCUACACAACCUAUUAUCUGGUAAAAGACUCUAUUGCUGUCUUAAUGGAAGGAGCACCAGGCCAUAUUCAACCUGAAUCUGUUGAAAACUCCCUCUUGAAGAUUCCAGGCGUCACUGCUGUUCAUGACUUGCAUAUUUGGACCUUGAGUCCAGGCAAAAGUUCACUUACAGCCCAUAUCACUGUCUCUCAUGAAAAAAAGAAAUAUUAUGAUGAUAUUCUUGCCCAUAGUCAACAAGUGAUUUGCGAUACAUAUGGUAUUCACCACUCUACACUUCAGAUUGAAUCUGAAAAAGCCAAUUUUACUAGUCAUUGUAGACCUGACAUGUGUUCACCUAGAAAUUAAAAUAUUGUGUAACUACACGGAAAAAGUAAGGGUUUUUUUUUAACUUUACGGA